UUGCAUCGUCACGUGCCAGGUCAAAAGAAUUACAUCCGGGGCAGGUGGUUGGGUCAAACGGACAGGUUUUGCACUUUAUAAACAUCAUGUUAUUACGAAGGGUGUUGCACUGUAGUGUAUCUGCACUGAAGAGCACGCGGUCAUUUCAUCUCAGCGCGCAGUGGAGAAAUCCUCUCAUUCCCAUCGUUGUGGAACAGACAGGCCGAGGGGAACGUGCAUACGAUAUCUACUCGCGCCUUUUGAGGGAGAGAAUCAUCUGUGUAAUGGGUCCAAUCGAUGACUCGGUGGCAAGUCUGGUGAUCGCACAGCUGCUUUUCCUUCAGUCAGAGAGCAACAACAAGCCUAUUCACAUGUACAUCAACAGUCCUGGUGGUGUGGUUACAGCAGGGCUGGCAAUCUAUGACACUAUGCAGUACAUCCUCAACCCGAUCUCUACAUGGUGUGUAGGCCAGGCUGCUAGCAUGGGCAGCUUACUGCUGGCUGCGGGCACUGCGGGUAUGAGGCACUCGCUGCCCAACGCACGCAUAAUGGUGCACCAGCCUUCUGGAGGGGCCAGGGGUCAAGCAACAGACAUCGCCAUCCAGGCCGAGGAGAUUCUCAAGCUUAAGAGACAGAUUAACAACAUCUACAGUAAACAUACAGGGCAACCUCUGGAAACUAUAGAGAGCGUGAUGGAGAGAGACCGAUACAUGAGUCCUAUGGAGGCGCAAGACUUUGGGAUCAUUGACAGGGUCCUGGUCCACCCUCCCCAGGCUGGGCAAGAUGAGCCAGAGCUGGUCCAGAAGCAACCAACCACCUCAGCCAGCCCCUCUACCCCCUCCGAACCCUCAGUCUCAGAAUUGGCCCAGUCUGGGGCCAGUCCACCUUCUUCUUACAAACCUGAACCGUGACGUGGCGUACCGGUCAGUGAUUGGGCUCAGCCACUGGUACUGUCUGUCUGAUAUACAAAUGUGAGCCUGUGUUGUGUGUAUCACACUGUACUGAUCAAGCCUCAGCCUGGGACAGUAAAUACUGACAACAUGAAGUCAAACCAUUAUGGACAAGUACAAGUCCCACUUGUAAGCUUGUAAAGUCCCAUAACACUAUGGGACUUUAUCUUACUCAUAUGUGAUGUACAAAAAGCCUUGUGAUUUUUACCAAUCAGGAUCACCAAUAAAAACAACUUGAC